CACCUUCAACAAGGUUUUAUCAUUCAUUCAUUUCAGCAGUGCUAGCACAAGUGAAAGUGAAAGUUAUUUUACUUUGUACUUUGUACUUUUGUUUUUUACAAGUUAAAUUAAGGUCACGUUAAUACUUUAUUUUGUGUUUGUCCUGGAACUAUUAAAAAGCGUUAUCAGGAGGGUUAUCAAGUAGCUCCGGUGGUGAAAGUAUUGAAGACAACGACAUUAUGGCUGCCCCUGUGGGAAGACAAUUAGCAACACUGGCUGGAGGAUGUUUCUGGUGCAUCGAAGCGGUGUACAAUAUGCACAAAGGAGUGGACAAGGCCAUUUCGGGUUAUAUGGGAGGACCAAAGGAGAACCCAACUUAUGAACAGGUGUGCACCGGAAGCACUGGCCACGCCGAAGUCGUUCAGCUAACUUUUGACCCCAGCGUAGUCACUUAUGCCGAGUUGCUGGAAGUCUUUUGGAAAGUGCAUAAUCCAACCCAGCUCAAUCGUCAAGGAAACGAUGUCGGGACGCAAUAUCGAAGCGCAAUUUUCUACCAUGAUGCUGAACAACAACGAAUCGCCGAACUCUCGAAGCAGGCUGCAGUCGAGGCAAAAUUAUACGCUGAUCAAAUCGUGACGGAAAUUAGUGAAGCGUCCACUUUCUAUCCGGCGGAGGCCUAUCAUCAAGAAUACUAUAAAAACAACCCUUCGCAAGGAUACUGUCACGCGGUCGUGGGACCCAAAGUGAACAAAUUUAAGGAACUAUUUCGAGAAAAGUUGAAGGAGGAUGUCUUACAAGAUGACUCAAAGCGUAAAUGUGUCAUGGUUUAAAAUCCCAAAGAAAUUCUGGUGCUAUAUUUUCUGUAACUUUUUAAAAAUUGUGAAUAUAAAUGCAAUAAUAAUUCUUAUCCUAUACCGUCUA